AUGUCUGUCUCACCUAAACAGGACUUUAUGGUCCUGGAUGAUCCCAGGCCGAAUGACAUGUCCUUGCCCGCCUUCAUGGUGUCUACCACCAGAGGUUUUCUACCACGCAUGGAGCCCCUUGUCGACCUCCCCUCAGAAUUCGACCAUGUCGAGUCUCUCCUGUCCCGGAUGCCCGUCAAGACCCUCUCCGGUGCCCCUGGUCUCUUGGCCGAUGGUCGUUUCGGAGACGCUGUGCUUGACGAGCUGCCAGACCUGACGGACGAGGUCGACAAAUACAAGGACAAUUUGCCCAUGGUCAAUGCCCUCUACAGAGACUACUCUUUUCUGGCUUCCGCAUACCUUCUCGAACCUUGCCACAUGAGGUUUAUCAAAGGAGAGGGCUAUGGUCUUGCCCGGGAUGUCCUGCCUGUGCAGCUCGCCAGACCAAUCGCACGAUGUGCUGAGCUCUGUGGCUUCAAACCCUUCAUGGAGUACGCAGGAUCCUACGCACUCUUCAAUUACCGCCUAGUCGACCCGUCCCGGGGGCUAGAGUACUCCAACUUGCGCCUCAUCCGCGCCUUUGAGCACGGCCUGGACCCAUCGUCGUCCGAGGCCGGCUUCGUCCUGACGCACGUAGCCAUGGUCCGACAUUCAGGUCUGCUCAUCUCGGGCGUCAUGAAGUCCCUCCGCAGCAUCCCUCCGCGCCAUGGCUCGUCGUCCUUGCCAGCAGCAGCAGACCGUGCGGGCUUCAAUGACGGACUCGCCGAGAUCCUAGACGCGCUGCGCCAGAUCAAUGCCGUCAUGGAGACCAUGUGGGACGUGUCCAAGCCGCGGUCCUAUACAUCGUUUCGGACCUUUAUCUUUGGCAUCACCUCGCAGUCCAUGUUCCCCGAUGGCGUGGUUUACGAAGGCGUGCAUGACGACGACGGUGGCGGACCGGAGCAGCGCCGCUCGUUCCGCGGCGAGAGCGGCGCCAACGAUUCCAUGAUCCCCCUCAUGGAUAAUUUCUGCCAGAUUGCCAUGCCCGACACCCCGCUCACCGAGAUUCUCAAGGACUUUCGCUCGUACCGCCCCGGCGACCACCGCGGCUUCCUCGAGUGGGUGCGCGAAGAGAGCUUGGACAAGGGUCUUCGAGAAUUUGCUCUGGGACUGUCGCAUCAUGAUGAUCGCCACGACGAGGAGGACAAGGAGGCAGUACUCGAGAGUAGGCGGCUUUGGAUCAAGAUCUUGAACCAGGUCCGUGACUUUCGCUGGCGCCACUGGUGCUUUGCGCGGGAGUACAUUCUCAAGCAGACAAAGCACCCCACCGCCACAGGCGGCUCACCCAUUGUAACCUGGCUGCCGAAUCAGCUGCAGGCCGUCAUGGAUGAUAUGGCUGAAUUCCACCAUGCCGUGGGCGGCGAGAAUGGUGGGCUCGGCUCGGACUGCGCUGAUAUUAUGGACCUUGUACAUCGCCAGAGGGAUACUUUGAGAAAGGAGGUUGGCAAGUUUUGCGCUGAGAGGGGCGUUUCCAAACAUGUGUAA